CCAAAAGAGAGGGAAAGCUUAGAUAUAGCUUUAUUAAUUUUUAUUUUUGAAAACAAAGCCCAGAUUUGCUAUUGCCUAUGUAACCGGUGUUCCUCUUUCCCCAGCACUGGCUUGGGUGCUCCCAUCACCUGGUCUUUGGAGACUCAGUUGCUUUUUAAUGGCGGCAGCAGCUGUUGGGUGAGCAGCCGGAGACUGUACAGUACUCCUCCCUUCAGGACAGGAUUGCUUUCUCUUGCCAUUACCACCACUGGAUUGGUGGCGGUGCUUUUCCCUUUUCACCCCUCCAACUCUUGAAGGGAGAAGAAGAUGCCACUGCCAUUUGGAUUGAAACUAAAACGCACCCGGCGCUACACGGUAUCCAGCAAGAGCUGCCUGGUUGCCCGGAUCCAGCUGCUCAACAAUGAGUUUGUAGAGUUCACGCUGUCCGUGGAGAGCACUGGCCAGGAGAGCCUAGAGGCUGUGGCCCAGAGACUGGAGCUUCGGGAGAUCACUUACUUCAGCCUCUGGUACUACAACAAGCAAAACCAGCGCCGGUGGGUAGAUUUGGAAAAACCUCUAAAGAAGCAGCUGGAUAAAUAUGCAUUGGAACCUACCGUCUAUUUUGGAGUGGUGUUUUAUGUGCCUUCAGUUUCACAGCUGCAGCAGGAGAUUACCAGGUAUCAGUAUUAUCUGCAGCUGAAGAAGGAUAUCUUGGAAGGAAACAUUCCUUGUACAUUAGAACAAGCAAUUCAGCUAGCAGGCUUGGCUGUUCAAGCUGAUUUUGGUGACUUUGAUCAGUAUGAAUCCCAGGACUUUCUUCAGAAAUUUGCCUUGCUUCCUGUGGAGUGGUUACAAGAUGAAAAAGUAUUGGAAGAAGCAACCCAAAAAGUGGCCUUACUGCAUCAGAAAUACAGAGGGCUGACAGCUCCUGAUGCUGAAAUGCUAUACAUGCAGGAGAUAGAGAGAAUGGACGGCUAUGGAGAAGAGAGCUACCCUGCCAAGGAUAGCCAAGGCAGCGACAUAUCCAUCGGAGCGUGUCUCGAAGGUAUCUUUGUGAAACAUAAGAAUGGAAGGCCUCCUGUGAUAUUUAGGUGGCACGAUAUUGCUAACAUGUCCCACAAUAAGUCCUUUUUUGCAUUAGAGCUGUCAAAUAAAGAGGAGACCAUCCAGUUUCAGACUGAAGACAUGGAAACAGCAAAAUACGUGUGGAGACUCUGUGUUGCGCGACACAAGUUUUACAGAUUGAAUCAGUGCAGCCUGCAAACUCAGACCGUCAUAGUGAACCCAAUUAGGAGGAGGUCUUCUUCGAGGAUGUCUCUGCCUAAACCCCAGCCCUAUGUGAUGCCUCCCCCACCCCAGCUGCAUUAUAAUGGACAUUAUACAGAACCAUACACUUCUUCCCAAGAUAACCUGUUUGUGACCAACCAGAAUGGAUACUACUGUCACUCUCAGACAAGUUUGGAUCGAGCUCAGAUUGACCUGAGUGGUCGCCUCCGCAACGGCAGUGUCUACAGUGCACACAGCACCAGCUCCUUAAAUAACCCCCAGCCCUACUUGCAGCCCUCACCCAUGUCCUCGAACCCAAGCAUCACCGGGAGUGACAUCAUGAGGCCUGACUACGUCCCGUCGCACCGGCACAGCGCCCUGAUCCCCCCGUCCUACCGCCCGACCCCCGACUAUGAGACGGUGAUGAAGCAGCUCCACAGAGGCCUGGCGCCCGCCGAGAGGCAGAGCCACUCGCUGAGAAACCUCAAUAUCGGCAGCUCGUACGCGUACAGCAGGCCCGAUGCGCUGGUCUACAGCCAGCCCGAGAUCCGGGAGCAUGCGCACUUCAGCUCCCCCCCGUCGGCCCACUACCCGUUCAACCUGAAUUACAGUUUCCACAGCCAGGCCCCUUACCCAUACCCCGCAGAGAGGCGGCCGGUGGUGGGUGCCGUCAGCGUGCCCGAGCUGACCAACGUGCAGCUCCAGGCCCGGGACUACCCAGCCCCCAACAUCAUGAGGACGCAGGUGUACCGCCCGCCGCCCCCCUACCCGUACCCCAGGCCCGCCAACAGCACCCCUGACCUGUCCCGCCACCUCUACAUCAGCAGCAGCAACCCCGAUCUCAUUACCCGGCGGGUCCAUCACUCUGUCCAGACGUUCCAGGAGGACAGCUUGCCGGUGGCGCAUUCCCUGCAGGAGGUCAGCGAGCCCCUGACCUCAGCCCGGCACGCCCAUCUCCAGAAGAGGAACAGCAUUGAGAUCGCCGGGCUGACCCACGGCUUUGAGGGCCUGCGGCUCAAGGAGAGGACCAUGUCGGCGUCAGCGGCGGACGUGGCUCCGCGGGCCGUCUCCGCGGGCUCCCAGCCAAACGUCGUCACUGAAAGGACAAAGCGAGAAGAGGACGAUGAGCAGCAGAGCAGAUACGGUCACAAAAAGUCCCUUUCAGACGCCACCAUGCUGAUACACAGCAGCGAGGAGGAGGAGGACUUGGAGGAGGGGCGCGGGGCGCAGGUGCGGGCGCCCCGGGGCAGCUACUCCCAGCAAGCCCCGCGGAGCGGCCCCCACAUGCCCGGCCCCCCGGCCGCCGGCCCCACGCACAGCCUUGAGCCCAAGGCCCACGUCACUGAGGCCGAGAGAAAGGGGAGGGCCGGCAGCCCAGUUCCCACGCCCGGGGAAGGCCCGCGGCCCAGGAGGGACGGGCUGCUGACGCCCUCCAUGUCCGAGUCCGACCUCACCACGUCCGGGAGGUACCGCGCCAGGAGGGACUCUCUGAAGAAGAGGCCGGUGUCAGAUCUCCUCUCCGGAAAGAAGAAUGUCGUGGAAGGGCUUCCGCCGUUAGGGGGAAUGAAAAAGAGCCGAGUAGAUGCAAAAAAAAUUGGUCCUCUCAAACUGGCUGCCCUAAAUGGACUCUCCCUGUCUCGACUGCCUCUGCCUGAUGAAGGAAAGGAGGUGCCUGCCAGAGCCACGAAUGAUGAGCGGUGUAAAAUUCUGGAACAGCGGUUAGAACAAGGAAUGGUAUUCACAGAAUAUGAAAGAAUUCUUAAAAAGCGGCUCGUUGAUGGGGAGUGCUCAACAGCACGACUCCCUGAAAAUGCAGAAAGAAAUCGGUUCCAAGAUGUUCUUCCCUAUGACGACGCCAGAGUGGAACUGGUCCCAACCAAAGAAAACAAUACCGGUUACAUCAACGCAUCACAUAUUAAGGUCUCUGUCAGUGGAAUUGAAUGGGAUUAUAUUGCCACUCAGGGACCAUUACAAAAUACCUGUCAGGACUUUUGGCAGAUGGUGUGGGAACAGGGAAUUGCAAUUAUAGCAAUGGUGACAGCAGAAGAGGAGGGUGGAAGGGAGAAGAGCUUUAGGUAUUGGCCACGCCUUGGUUCCAGGCACAACACUGUCACCUAUGGAAGGUUUAAGAUCACCACCCGGUUCCGCACAGACUCUGGCUGCUAUGCCACCACGGGCUUGAAGAUGAAGCACCUUCUCACGGGGCAGGAGAGGACGGUGUGGCAUCUCCAGUACACAGACUGGCCUGAGCAUGGCUGUCCAGAGGACCUCAAGGGAUUUUUAUCAUACCUUGAAGAGAUCCAGUCUGUUCGACGCCAUACAAAUAGUACAAGUGAACCAAAAAGCCCCAACCCUCCGUUACUGGUCCACUGCAGCGCUGGCGUGGGACGGACUGGCGUCGUUAUUUUGUCAGAGAUCAUGAUUGCCUGUCUGGAACACAACGAGGUGCUGGACAUCCCACGGGUGCUGGACAUGCUGAGGCAACAGAGAAUGAUGAUGGUGCAGACCCUCUGCCAGUACACUUUCGUAUACCGAGUUCUCAUUCAGUUCCUGAAAAGCUCAAGGCUCAUAUAAGCUCCCACAACUUCCUACGGGGACCCGAUCAUGUGAAGCGUUUACAGCGGAAAAAAAAAGUGCUUGCCGAACUCAUGCUCUCUCCUCCACUCGGUGCACGCGGAAUGCUACAUCAGGACGUAAGUGACGGGAUGCAUGGUGGCACAUGGAAGGAAGUAUGCAGAGCACAAGGCUGAAGAGGGGGUUUAACCUGGGAAAGAUGCCGAAGAGGAAGGACUUGGUUCUGAGGGCGUUGCCCCGCUCUGAUCUGUCCGAUUUGCAGUACUUGCACACAUUUGGAGAUUGUAUUUUCUAGAUAAUUCUCUAUUUCGCUGAAGCUACGCUGGGCAAUUCUGGCAAUCACUAAGGCGUAUAGGUUUCUAUCUUAAACUAGUUUUUGAUAAUGGAAUUUUAUUUUAUGACUAAAAUAUUUGGGGUUUUCUUAUUAAGAAACUGAACUUUCCAUGGGGAUGAUCCACAGAUGUGAGUAGUUCCUAUAUAACUUUGUAUUUAAAACUAUGUUAUUAUCUUUUGUUAUUUUAAAAAAAUCUUGGGUACUUAACAGUGUAGUUACCAAACCCCAAGCUACAAGAAGAAUCUAAAAGUGUUAUUUUGAAACAUAGAAAACAUUUUUAUAUUCAGAAAAUUUUUUAUCCUAAAAAUUCUAUAUAUUUGUACCUUCUGUAUUUUCUAAACAAGAGUUCAGCUCAUUAAGGUACUGAGAUGAGUCAGUUAAUGUACGUUAAAGUUGGGAAUGAAGGCACAUUAUUUAAAAUGUAUGAAAAUAAUCAGAUUCACUAUUUUUUUCAGUAUUAUUCAUAAACCCAAAUGAGUUUGAUUUUAUUGGUUGAAAAUGAAGUGAAAAACAGUUGCAUAAGAUGGUUUUAAGCACUUUUUGUUGUUGAAAACAAUAAAUCUGAGUUUUUAAUAUAUGUGUUGCUUUAUAGGUGAAACAGUAACCACGGACAUAUUGAAAGUGUUUUGGAAGAGAUCAGGAAUGAGUAUGUAGGAUGACUAGGACAAGAGUAAGUGCAGUGUACAUGCAAGAUGGUAAAUGCAAGCUGCCUUUGUCUUUACAGAAAAUGCAGUGUUAUAUACUCAGACUGAGAUGCUGGCAUGGAGAGUGGGGGGCUUGGGAAGAGUCUGGGGGCUGACCUCCCGAGGAAGGUAUCCCCAGGAAAUUCAGGGCCCAUCACUGGCAGUGACUCGCUCUGUUUCCUUGAAGUUCUUCCACCUGCACCUCUCUUCUUUUUUUUGACAAAUCAGGUUUAUGUGAUGAUUAAAAGAAGCCUUGGGGCUUCCCUGGUGGUGCAGUGGUUGAGAGUCCUCCUGCCGAUGCAGGGGACACAGGUUCGUGCCCCGGUCCGGGAAGAUCCCACAUGCCGCGGAGCGGCUGGGCCUGUGAGCCAUGGCCGCUGAGCCUGCGCAUCCGGAGCCUGUGCUCCGCAGCGGGAGAGGCCGCAACAGUGAGAGGCCCGCGUACCGGAAAAAAAAAAGAAGCCUUGAAGAGGCUUUAUUUUCUUUUUGUUGAAAGAAGGGAAGUGUUAGUAAUAGUCUUACCUCAUCUCCCAAAACCACGGCCCAGACUUGCGGGGCCCCCCAGAGAUGACUGUGGUGUUCAAGAUGUACCGGAACUUUGGCUCCUUAAUCCUUUAACUUCACACCUGAGGUCAACUUUAGCUCUGCUCCCCCCAGUCCCAUGUAGGCCCAUCCCAGGGGGCAGGACCAGGCCAGGCUGGCAUGGCCUGGUCACAUGGGAGCUGAAGAGGUAAGGAAGGACGAACUGGUCCGUUUAGCUGAGCAGCCAUCUCUUUCUUCCUUCUUGAGGCUGCGUCUCCACAACAUAGAGUUUCUGAAAUGUCAAAUCCAGGAUUAUUUCCCCAAAUUACAAUAUCCUAGGGAUAGUUCUGAUUCCCGUGUUAACUCCUAAAGCAGUUUAACUCAUUAUUGUCACCGCUAAGUGUGUGUCAUUAGCUGUAAAUCAGGAUUUCCUUUAUACAGUGUGUGUAUCUGCCGAACUCUGACCCAGAAACCAGCCACCUGAGAGGAAAAUUCAGACGGUAUUGAUGAAAAUGAAUAUUGAAAGUGGGCAUGUUUCUCACUUGGGAACAAAGAAUUGAUCUUAAAUCUAGAAUUGUUUAAAGAACAAUAGACCCAAGUGCAAAUAUUCAGGAAGAGCUCCUCAGGAGAAUGGAAUAAGAGUUUUUUAUUGUAAUAUUUCCCAUCUCCACACCAUGUAGAGUACUUCUGAUGCUUUUUUUCUUCUAUGGUACGUUUUUUAAAAAAUGCUUUUCUGUCAGGUUUAAACAUUUUGAAGUGUCCCAUUGACAAGAACAUACUGUAAAACAAAAUCUAAAGAGUAAUAUAUGGUAUGUUUGUGUUCCUGUUGUAAUAAUUUGAUUAUAAGAAAAUUACUUAUGAGGGCUAAAUUACACUGUGUAAAUGUCACUCUUAAAACUUGCAUGUUUGUCAUAGCUUUAAGACCCAUGUAAUUUUUUUGUGUCCCUUUUGAAUUUUUAAACUUUUAAUUAACAGUUAGUGAAUAUGAAAGUAUUUCUGAAUAAAAAUAAAUCUACAUUA